UCAUUUCGAAAGAGUUAAGGACUGUCCGAAAAAAUAUGCUUAUAAGGGACCAGCGCGUGUGGAUUGACUUGUAUCUGACAGGUCGAUUGUCGUCAAGUUAAAAGGAGGUGGGCUCAUAAGUUUCUUAUUUCGACUGAGUAGUUUGCCGCAGAGCCAUAUUCAGCUUCGUCUCCAGCAGCCCCCAACACCGAAUCUACGCAGUCUUUCUUUUUUCAUCCGCAUUUUACCUCACUGAAACGAUCUUUAAACUCUAAGAUCGAGGGAGCAUGGCCAAGGCGCUGAUUGGAAUCCUUCUUGACGUCUCCGACUCCAUGCAUCAUAGCGCGGGAAGCGGUAUCGAUGAAGAUGGAGGACCAUGGGCUCGUUCGAUAUUUAAAGUUGUUGACAACCUGAUCGAACACGACGUUCCCUCUGAUAACCAUGUAUUUGCUUUAGCCUUUGGAGCUAAAGCUGGUGGGGAAGUAUUUGAUAUCUUGACGGGUCUUCAGUCUGCCACAAAUGAUCAGAUAGAAGAGAUUUUCCAAAUACUCGAGACAGCCGGCGCAUGGUACAUCCGCAAAUGGGCAAGAAAAGAAGUAGUCAAAAGUGCAUUAAUACAUUACAUGGCUCACUUGUUUCUAGAAAAGGCUGAAUCUGACAAGGAUUUCCUUCACAAAUUUGUCCAAGAGUGUCUACCACCAGAAUUCAAAGACUUCACCAAAUUCCACGAAGGACCAGGGUUGGUCAGCCAAUUUGGACAGGCUGUUAACCCUCUCUUAUCAGCAAGCGAAACAGUUUAUGCAUCGGUAGGGGCAACCAUUAGAGAAGCAACAAAAGAAGACAUCAAGGAAGUACUAAAAAAGGCCGAACCCUUUUUAAUCAAAAAUGAUUAAACUAACAAAGCAAGACAAAGCCAUUG